AUGCCUGAAGCUAAAGAUAAGUCAAAGGUGCACAAGCUAGUUAUCAAGGGGUCGGCGAAGCUUAUGGCUGAAUUCUUUGAGUACUCGAUUAAUUCGAUCUUAUUCCAACGCGCUGUUUACCCUCCCGAUGAUUUCAUAACCGUGAAGAAAUAUGGCCUCAACAUGCUCGUAUCCGCGGACGACCAGGUGAAGGCAUACAUUAAGAAGAUUAUGUCACAACUGAACAAAUGGAUGGCUGGUGGAAAGAUCUCAAAGCUCGUGGUUGUUAUCACUGACCGGGACACUGGAGAGCAUGUGGAACGAUGGCAGUUUGACAUUGAGGUCUUUGGUAAAUCAUCAAAGAGCAAGACCGCUGGAAAAGUGGGUGACAAGGAGAAUGCAGCUCCCGGUGCUGCUGGAGCCCCGAAUCCCGAGCCUAUUGUUGAGAAGACCGAGAAGGAGAUUCAAGAUGAGAUCCAGGCUAUCUUCCGCCAGAUCACAGCUUCUGUUACCUUCCUUCCUGUCCUUGAUGGAGACUGCACAUUCAAUGUUCUGGUUUAUGCCGACGCUGAUUCCGAUGUUCCCGUGGAGUGGGGUGACAGUGAUGCGAAGGAAAUCAAGAACGCAGAGAAGGUUCAACUUCGUAGCUUCAGUACCAAUAACCACAGAGUGGGUACCUUGGUCAGCUACCGGAUGGCAGAUUAA